CGACAUAAAAGAGACGGUAGAAAGUAACAUAAUCAUAAUUGAAGUUUUACUUUAACUGCAAUAAAAACAGAAACAACACCUUGCCUCUUUUUAUUUCACAUUUUCUUGUUGCCCCAUGCCAACACAUCCCAUGCUCCUUUGCAUUUAUUCCUCAUUUUUACCCACUUUAUACAUAUCAUAAAUUGAGACCUUGUACUGUCACUUUAUACACAUCAUUUUUAAAUGACUUAAAUUCUUUUUUAAGAGAUGAGUUUCCAUGUUGUUACCACAAUAGUCUUUACUUUGUCUAUCUCAUUUUUUGUACUACUAUUAGGCUUGUUCAUCAAUGACCAAUUCAAGAAGAUUGUUAUCUAUGAAGAUUUCUACUUGCCUCAUCAAUCACCAAUCUACAAUGUCUCCAUCUCUACACAUCUUAUUUGUAAUUCUUCUUCAUCUAAUUCUAGUUCCAAUAGGAGCAUGGAGUUGAAUGAUUGGCUCUCUCCUAAGGGUGUUUGGCACUCGAUGAACGAUGAAGAACUUAUGUGGAGAGCUUCAAUGGUACCUGAAAUCAAGAAGUAUCCAUUUAAUCGAACCCCAAGAGUGGCAUUCUUGUUCUUAACAAGGGGAAGAUUGCCAUUGGCACCUCUUUGGGAGAUGUUCUUUAAAGGACAUGAAGGGUUGUUCUCAAUAUACAUUCAUACUUCACCAGAUUUCAACUAUGAACCUCCUCCAUUAUCUGUGUUUUAUAAAAGAAGGAUACCUAGCCAGGCAGUGCAAUGGGGAAGAUCAACUAUGAUCGAUGCAGAAAGAAGACUUUUAGCAAAUGCACUUUUAGACAUUUCCAACCAAAGAUUCAUAUUACUCUCUGAAUCAUGCAUUCCUUUAUUCAAUUUCACUACAAUUUACACUUUCCUCACAAAUUCCGACCAAAGUUUCCUUGGAUCAUUUGACGAUCCGAGGAAUACAGGUCGUGGUAGGUACAACAAACGUAUGUACCCGAACAUUACACUUUCUGAUUGGCGAAAAGGUUCACAAUGGUUCGAAGUACAUCGGGAACUUGCAGUAACUAUCGUCUCUGACGUGACAUAUUACCCGGUUUUUAAGAAGUAUUGUGUGCCACCAUGUUACAUGGAUGAACAUUACUUGCCUACAUUAGUGAACAAAGUUUGUCCCAAGUUAACGUCGAAUUGGAGCGUUACGUGGGCAGAUUGGUCAGCUGGUGGCUCGCACCCGAUGACAUUUUCGAAGAAGGAUGUGACAGAGGAGUUUUUGAAGAGUGUUAGGAGUGAGUUCAAUUGUAGUUAUAAUGGAAAGAUGAGUUCAAUUUGUUUUCUUUUUGGGAGGAAGCUUCAUCCUAAUACUUUGCAACCUUUACUUAGGAUUGCACCAAAGUUGCUUGGUUUUGGUUGAUCCCCCACCCCCACCCCCACCCCUAGCAAGGAGGAGCAUAGUUGGCAUGAUGUUCUAUGCAACGACAACGUAAUGAAUUUACGGAAUAUCAAAUUAGGUUGAUCUACAAUAUAUAACUAGAGUCUUAUAAGCAAUCUAGUGAAUUCCUUAUAAGUGUUCGUGAUGAAGUGUUAGUAUUCGUUAUGAUGGAGUAUUAUUCUUAAGAUUUCCAUAUCUUACUAUAAUCGGACUUGUUAUAACGAGUUAAAUUGCAUUGAUUGUAUUCCAUUACUUCCAAGGGGUGUGAAUGUACUCUAAAUGUAUACACUAAGGAGCCGUUGGAUAGUUGGUUAGAGUUAUGCAAGUAUUAG